UUCUUUUCUAUCUUUCCUUUAACACCAUGAAGAUCUUCAUUCUCUUUGGUAUCACCUUUGCAUGUGGCUUUUUUGGAAACUUUAUUUCAAAUGCUAAUCCUCUACCGUAUGAAGCCAUAUUCAACUUUGGCGACUCUACAAGUGAUACCGGAAAUGCUGCAUUUGAUCACCUCAAUGUUAUGGAAAAAUUAAUUCCCUAUCGUUCAACAUACUUUAAACAUCCAUCGGGACGACAGUCAAAUGGACGACUCAUCAUAGAUUUCAUAGCUGAGGCAUAUGGGUUGCCAUUUUUACCGGCCUAUAAGAAUAUCACCAAAAUCCCAGAUGAUAUAAAAAAGGGAGUUAAUUUCGCUUAUGCCGGUUCAACUGCACUUGAUGUCAAAUAUUUUAGUGGCAUUAGUGGAGUCAGUGCACCAAAGGAAUCAUUAGAUGUGCAAUUUGAUUGGUUUAAGAAGCUAAAACCCGACUUAUGUAAAAGCAAAGAAGAAUGUGACAGCUUCUUCAAAAAUUCAUUGUUUAUAGUGGGAGAGAUUGGUGGAAAUGAUAUUUUUUAUCAUCUUUCUAAAACUAUUAUAGAACUACGAGAGAAAGUUCCUUUGAUGGUUGAAUCAAUCAAAAAUACCACCAAUGCUUUAAUUGAAGAAGGAGCGGUGGAGCUAGUGGUUCCAGGGAACUUUCCAAUGGGGUGUAAUACUGACAUAUUGUCAAAAAAGAUUAGUCAGAAGAAAGAAGACUAUGAUGAAUUUGGAUGUUUGAUAGCUUACAACACUCUCAUUGAAUACUUUAAUGAGCAGCUAAAAAAAUCCAUAGAGACAAUAAAACAGAAACACCCUCAAGCUAAGAUAGUAUAUUUUGAUUAUUACAACGAUGCCAAGCGUUUAUAUCAAACACCACAACAAUAUGGUUUUAUUUCUGAUAAGGUCGAGAUUUUGAAAGCAUGUUGUGGAGGAAGUGGACCAUAUCAUCAUGAUGAGUAUUGGUGUGGAACGCCGAAUACAACAGUUUGCUCUGAUCCUUCAAAACUAAUAAAUUGGGAUGGACCCCAUUUUACCGAAGCCGCUUAUAAGCAAAUAGCUAAAGGAUUAAUCGAAGGCCCUUUUGCAUAUCCUUCUCUAAAACCUGCUCCUUUCAAGAUAGCUUAGA